AAAAGCGCGGGCCGGGGAGCUUCUUCCUGGGAGCGGGGAAGAACGCACAUGAAAUCAGAUGGUCGUUUACAGAUCAUGUAUUGUAUGUUGGCACAGCUCUUGCAUUGACUCGAAAGAUUUCAGUAGAGGUGUAACACGGCCUAUAGCGGUGUAUGUUGUGAAGAGGAGAACAAGGAGAUGGGCACUGUCCAGGUGAUGAUCAGCAAGGCAAAGAUCCCCAUCCAGCUCUCUGCAAAAUCCACGAUUGUCCAGUUCUUAGAGAAAGACUUGUAGGAUAGUCACGCUCAGUCCGCAAUGAAUGUUACUGAUAUGUCUCCGUGAAUGGUGGGCUGAGUUAGGUCGAGGCCAAGAAGCUUCGGAAGGAUGAGAGCGCGUUCGAAACGUCGGUGUGGGCGACAGUAACCCAGUAGAUGGAUAGAGGAUUUGCGUAGGCAAGACGUGCCGGGGAAACUGGUAUUCGAAUGGAGGGCACCAUACUCAGGGCAGAAGCAUUCAGGUAAGUCGUAAGACAGAAUUUCACUGCAACAUGGCCAGAGUUAAGUAGACAGGUCACAGCUAGACUCGCAAAGUGUGAUUGAUCACUCCGAGUGGCCCGUCACGUUUUCGGAAGCAGACGGGCCGAAAUGUUCCGAGAUCCUCCCGUCACUGCUAUGACAUUCUUACCGCAGCGCAUCAUAUGCAUUCUAUUCAUAGCCACCACCAUGAACCCUUCAGUCUUACAACAAGCAUGCGUGUUUUCGGUUUCACCGUGUCGGGAAAGGAUUGAAGCCAGGUUAUCGUCCAGGCUGCGGCCCGGGCGCUGCUGUCGCGCACUUCGCUAAUACGAAUAGAUGUGUGGUCCAAACCUCGACCCUCCUGGCUUCCGACCAUGAAAGAUGUGCCACUCAUGCCUGCCUUGCGUCCGAACUCGCGGUGGAAUUUGGGCUGCGUGUCCGAUGGCUCUUGUCUCUGUUUCAAAGUGGUACUUGGCCACGGUGCACGCUUUCUCGUCGUCUUCUGGGCUUCUCCGCCCUGCAUUCCUCGAGAAACAAAAUUUAUUGGCGCAAACAGGAACAUAUAACGAUGUGGAGUACAUCUCAGACCUGCAUGCCCCGGCCAUUCCUCUGCAGGCCAAGGGGCUGAAUCCAAUCUCAGACAUAGUUCCGUCCCGCUUGCCUAUAAAACAGGGAAUGGUCACGAAUACCCUCGCCAACAUUCCAGAUGGCACCUAUGGUCGACGAGUAUAAUCCGAACCAAUUCCCUUCGAUUACCCGCAUCUACCAUGUUCCAUUUGCCAGCAAUGGACCUGGCUCCACUACGCCGUCAGCUACGGCUGUGACCACCUUUGAGAUCGUUCUCGUGAUCCUCGUCCUGGCACCUUUGCUGGGCCUUUUCCUAGCGAGCUUGUGCCUGUGUCUCCGCCGCCGGAGAGCACGGGUAGCCAGCUCGCCGCAGGGAGGCAAAUCGGACCUUGCCUCCCGUGUCGAUAUCGUCAUGCUCGGAGCAGAUAAUACGACAUUCAAGAUACCCGAGACGUGGAACAGCCCUCCACUCAAAUCGUCGUAUAGCAUCGGGCACAAGACGAACGUCACUCUUCUCAAGGAGAUGCCUAGAGUCUGGAACGUUAUCGGCCGGCAAAACGUCGCAAAAGAGGACGCCGAGUCGGACAGGGAAACCAAAAGAUUCCCGAAGACGCUUGCGAUGACGUAACCUCCAGGAAAGGCAUCCCCGAAGUUGUAGUGUUUGGGAUCUUUGUUCAUCUUUGCUCUUGAUUCAUUCUUGGGUCGUUUCAGGUACCUAUCAACAAGGACUGUGCACAAGCAUCUUGUCGUAGAGUGAGGCAAACUUUGUGAAGG